UUCCAAACUUGUCUCCAGUGACAGGAGACAUUUACGCUCUGCAAGAUAAAACUGCCACUUAGAGCCCAGGAGAGCUAGAUCUUCCUGGGUUGGCCUGGGGGCUCGAGCGGAGUCAUGGGUUUCCCAGUCGGGCGGCUGUGCGCUCUUCUCUGCCUGGUGGCUCACUUGGUUUCUGGCAGCCCCAUCAUGAGCCUUGAGCAGUCGCCUCUGGAAGAAGAUAUGCCCCUCUUUGACGAUGUCUUCUCAGAGCAAGAUGGUGUUGACUUUGACACCCUGCUGCAGAGCAUGAAGGAUGAGUUUCUGAAGACAUUGAACCUGUCUGACAUCCCCAUGCAGGAUUCAGCCAAGGUUGAUCCACCAGAGUACAUGUUGGAACUCUACAACAAAUUUGCAACAGAUAGGACCUCCAUGCCCUCUGCCAACAUCAUUAGGAGUUUCAAGAAUGAAGAUCUGUUUUCCCAACCAGCCAGUUUUAAUGGGCUCCGAAAAUACCCUCUCCUCUUCAACGUGUCCAUCCCUCACCAUGAAGAGGUCGUCAUGGCUGAACUUAGGCUGUAUACACUGGUGCAAAGAGAUCGCAUGAUGUACGAUGGCGUGGACCGGAAAAUUACCAUUUUUGAAGUACUGGAGAGCAGAGGGGACGAGGGCGAAAGAAACAUGCUGGUCUUAGUGUCAGGGGAGAUCUAUGGGACCAAUAGUGAGUGGGAAGCUUUUGACAUCACAGAUGCUGUCAGACGUUGGCAAAAGUCAGGCUCAUCCACCCACCAGCUGGAGGUCCAGAUUGAGAGCAGACGCGAUGAAGCCGAGGACACCAGCAGGGGACGGCUGGAAAUAGACACUAGCGCCCAGAAUAAACAUAACCCUUUGCUCAUUGUGUUUUCUGAUGACCAGAGCACUGAAAAGGAGCGGAAAGAGGAGUUGAAUGAAAUGAUUGCCCAUGAACAACUUCCGGAGCUGGACAACCUGGGCCUGGAUGGCUUUUCCAGUGGACCUGGGGAAGAGGCUUUGUUGCAGAUGAGGUCAAACAUCAUCUAUGACUCCACAGCCCGCAUCAGAAGGAACGCCAAAGGAAACUACUGCAAGAGGACCCCACUCUACAUCGACUUCAAGGAGAUUGGGUGGGACUCCUGGAUCAUCGCUCCACCCGGAUAUGAAGCCUACGAGUGCCGUGGUGUUUGCAACUAUCCCCUGGCAGAACACCUCACACCCACGAAGCAUGCAAUUAUCCAGGCCUUGGUCCACCUCAAGAAUUCCCAGAAGGCUUCCAAAGCCUGUUGUGUGCCCACAAAACUAGAGCCCAUCUCCAUCCUCUAUUUAGACAAAGGGAAAGGAGUGCAGAAAGCCACAUAUUGGUCAUUGAAAUGGUCAGUAGUUGUAUUUUUUCUUUUUCUUUUCUUUUCUUCUUAUCAAAAAGUGAAAAGACAUAACCAGCAGGAGAGUUCUUGUUCCCCAUGCCCCUGGCUGCAUGCCUGCACCACUUCCACUUCACUGCCUUGAUAGGAAGCUAUACAAUUGUCAGGUCUUUAGAAAAGUGGAACUUACUCAUGUCUUCUCUGGCCAUAGACCUUCAGCUAUGUUCUGCACUCAUCUUCUUUUUAUGGCAGAAUUAUCAUCAUUGAAGUUGAUAAACCUAAAUGACCCUCGAGGAAAAUUGUCGCAGAAGGACUUGGGCAGCCAACAACCUAAAUAUUCAUGUAAACAUUUCUAAGCUUCCUACUAUUUAUUGAUUGAUGUAUUUAUUUUUGUAAUAUAAUGUAGAAUACCAAAUAGUUUAUUUUUAUGUCUUUGCUUCCCUCUUGGACAGGGUCGUCUUCUGGGCUUUUCAAAUAGAAUCUUUCCUUAGAGUACAGCUCACUUACAAUAUGUAGUCUGUAUUUUCAGCCCCCUCUCUUUUUGCAUCAAAAUGUUCUGUUACUCUAAGGAGUCUGCCAUAAGCUUGCCAUAAUUUUGUAUAUUUGUGUCUUGUAGGCAUGCUGUGAGCCCCUGAGUAUAUGUACUGAUUUGUAAAUAGCAGAGUUUUAAUUGAAGUGUUGAUGUUCCUGAAAAUAUUUAACCCAUGAAUCGUCACGACGUUCCAUGAAGUGACACUGUCAGUUUAUAGAAGAGGCAAAUAUUGUCAGGCUAUGAGGGGACAUGAGUGCUACUCAGUGAACAGAUGCAGUAUGGAAUUCACAGUUUUCAUCUCAAAGCAAGCCCGUCCCCUAUGGCCUUCACCAACCCACCAAAUCAGAGACUCAAAUUUGACAAAACUGUUUGUUUCUGGUCUAACUACCCUAUAAAUGUAAAAAAUGUUAAAUUAUGAUUAGCAGAAGAGUCAGCCUCAAAGUGCCUAAUUUAUUCCUGUUGAAUAAUUCUUGGUUUGGGAAAUUAAUGAUAAAAACCUUUUCCAGAAUGAUUAUGAAAUGUUUUAGUAUUAUUUAGGAUUGAUAUUCUUCAUGUAAAAGAUAUUGUCACAUAAAGGAAUGUUACAUAUUACUUCUUACUGAAUUUUCAACAAACCAUAAAGCACAGCAGAGUUUUGGCAAAAACUAUCUGCGAUUUGUUUCGAACACAGAAGGGACGCUGCUCUUUUUAAGGAUGGUAGAUCUUUUCAGAGUCAUUGUGGGUUGUAGGUCUUUGUCGGUCUGCAAGCUCACAUGUGGCCAAAGAGGAAAUGCUACUCUGACUCUGCAUUUUUGCUCCUAAAAAAGGACAUUUGAGUUCAUGUAUUACAUGGAAGGAAAGUAGAUAGCACAGUACCAUCACAGCAUACAAAGGUCUUUCUGCAUGUGGACUUGUGUUCAGAAGAUAAUAACCCCAUCAAGGAAUGACUGUUUGUUGUGACCCACAUGUUUCUAUCACACUCAAACACUGGUUUUGUGAGCCCCGCUCCCAAUAGUGGUGAGGUGACCACUAUGCCCACCUGACAAUUAUCCAUGGACGUGGAAAAUCCACUCACCAUGGACACACCAAAUCAGCUGAAGCAUGUUCAUGUUCUUGGGUAAAACCUGUUCUUUCUUCACCAAAUCAAUGUAGUGAUUACAGGAAUAAAAGGAAGGUGGAAAUAGUUUUACCCUGUGUUCAUAAGCUAAAUAUGUACAUUCAAAACUGUCUUGUUAAAUAAA